AUGGCCAAUCCUGGGCACAGAAGAGGCAUUAACCACCCCUUGAGCCUCAACUAUUCUCUGAUCAUAGUGGGAAUGUUCUAUGUAUCACCACUGCUAUGUGACAGCCAAAUAAAUCUGCUGACUCUUAAUCAAGCUGAUCCUCAGUGCUGGGAAUAUUCUUCUGCACUCCUCCUUAAAAUGCAGAAGCCUCGAAUUUCUAACACAGUUUCAGGUUUCUGGGAAUUUAUGAUCUACCUAAAGUCAUCUGAGAAUAUGCAGCAUGGAGCACUGUUUUGGAACCUAGCCCAACUCUUCUGGGACAUUUACAUAGACUGUAUCCUCUCCAGGAACCACGGAUUAGGACGGAGGCAACUGGCAGGAGAAGGAAAGAAGAUUUCAGAUGUAUAUCCACAGCACACAGUGAGAAAACGAGGUGCAUAUUCACAGAAGCUAAGAACUCCUUUCUUAAAGAAGAAAGAGUUGAUUCAAGAUUUGAUAAGCAUGCGUGAGCGCAGAAGUGGGUCUAAGUUCAUCAUAAAGGUGACACGUGACCUGGAAAUAAAGAGAAAAUGA